AUGCGCAAUUCGUACUUUGUUAACAUUACCGAAGAUUAGGACAUCUUGUGAAUUUUCCUCCAACUAUUACUGAAGCUGUAAACAGUGGAUACCGGUAAAACAACUGCUUCUAACAAUUGAUUGCAAAUGAGAUUCUGAUGAGCAGUGAUGAUGGGAAGAGCUAUGGACGGUCAACAGCCCUCUCAUGGAAUCACAGAGAAAGAGGAAAGAGAUGUCAGGAAAUUCACUAAAUUUCUUGCUUUGAAGGCAAUACAAGUGAUAGUGCAAGCGAGAACGGGAGAGAAGACUGACACAAGAUCUAAAUCAAAUACAGAUGGCACUGAUUGGUUUAAUCUGGCAAUUCCCGAGAAGGCCAACGUGAAAUCACAUGCCAAGAAACUUUUAAUGACUGAAAUACCAAGGGCGGGCUAUCCUCUCAACGUAGAAAUUACUCUUGAAACAGCAGAGGGUGAUAAGAUGGUGCUAGAAUCAUGGAGCCUCGCUGUGAACGAUACCUGCGACCCUGACACCAAGAUUCACUACACUGUAUACAACCGAAUGGGUCUCCUCCUCAAGUCACUGAUCUGCGUAUCAAGGGUUACUCCAGCUUAUAGGAUAGCUAGAAGACAGGGCACGGGGGACUAUCGGAUCUUGUCAAGGGUGUUCUUUGGAGAGACAAAGCUUGCAUUGUUAGGAGAAGAUUUCAGUACGAUUCAAGUUGGUAGUGUACCCACUCCCGUUGGGACUAUCAUACUCAACGUGGCUUAUAGGACCAAACUCACUUUAUCAACAUCUAGACACAUCUCAAGAAUAAGAGGACCUGUUCCUGUUAAGGAUGAUCACUAUAGUACCAGUCCUUCCCAUAAAGGUCCAGGACCAGCCUUGCCUGUAGGAACCAAACCAAUUAUCGGAAUUGAAGACUCCAGUACAACCUUGGAGAGCUCUCAGGAUUACAUCAUCGGGUCCUUCUCCACCACUCCUCCUGAUAACUAUGUUUUCCCUUCACGAGGAGACCAGACCACUCCCAGUCCAAUCAGAGGGCGGGGCUUAGCAGAAGAUAGGACUAAACCACCAAGUUCAAAUAGUUUUGACCUCGCUGGGAAGCUAGGACCCUUUGCAAGUCCAAAGAAUGUUGGAGAUUCGGAAAGUCUCAUCUCUGAUGACAUUCCAUUUGGGUCCUUACUCCAAGAGGUCGGGAGUAGUACAGCAGAUAAAUUCAUCCUCACAACAAAUGAUGAUCCUACUUGCCAAGAUGGUGAUCAACCAGACUGGACAGGAUUAAAUCUCUCACAGCAUUCUAAUAAAUCAAGCUUGCCAUCAGAUAGUGAUGAUUUCGUCAUGGUGGAUCUCAAUCCAGCUUUCGCCAAGACAGAUUCUAGUAGUGAUAUUGUAGCAUUCUGCUGUCAGUUUCAACAAGCUCCACCUCUAGAACUCUUUGAAGAUCAACCAACUCUUGGAGAAACAUUGAGUAACCUACCGGAGAAGCUCGCACAGUUCAAGGAGAAUGAGUCAGAGUUUGAUGCGUUUGUAGCAAGCCUUCAGAGGGACGUUGAUGAAUGCAGUGACUGAAUUAAUAUUAAUUGUUCCAUCAACAUUGCCAUCGUGAUAACCUCACCAAGAUGAACCUUCCCUUAUACCACUCCUCCUUCUCUUGUUAUUAACAUUAGCAUCAUCAUUAUCAUCAUCAUUGUCAUCAUCAUCAUCAUCAUUGUCAUCAUCAUCGUCAUCAUAUCAUCAUCCUCAUCAACCUCAUCGUGAUCAUCAUCAUCAUUAUCAUUAUCAUCACCACCACCACCAACACCACCUUCAUCAUAAUCAUCAUCAUCAUCAUCACCAUAUAUUUAGUUCGCCAUAUUUUCAGUCAUCCAAAGGAUUCAGAAACUGAGCACGCAAUAGCUGAUCUGUGAAAGACAUCAUAGUUAUUCAUCAUUGUCGUGGAGCAUUCAGAGACUGGGAAAGUAAAUGUUAGGCGCUCUUUACAAGUCUCAGCAUUGUGGCAUGGAUCCCUACUUGGGGAAGUUAUAAAUUGACGCAGAGGUUCGAGGUUCAAGCCCUUGUCAUGUCUUUCGGAUGGUGACGUUAAAAGGUCGGUCCAAUUAUAAAUAAUCAUAUUUUAUUGAUACGUGUCUAAAAAACUCAAUUAGACACACACACAUACAAGGAAAAGAAGUAUGGUUAUGAUUAUUCUUUUAAUUUUUUUCUUGUUACAUGUUUAUUGCAAUUAAUUUGGCAUGUCGAUGGAUACUCCUCUGCUGAAAACCAAUUCUACAUGAUUAUAUGCUUAUGCCUUUAUACAGCAGCCUCUGUGUAAGUCAACCUGUCAUUAGUCAAAUAACUACAUAACUCGAAGCAUUAUUUUAGACCAAAAUAUGCAAAUUAUGUCUUGUUUACAACUAUUCAGUUGAGGUCAACAUAUUUCUGUGUUCCCAAGUUAUUUAAAUGGAAAGUUCACCCUGACCAAAAGUUUAUGGGGAAAAUAGCGGAAAAUAUAAUAAAGAAUAUUGGCAAAGGUUUGAGGGAAAUCCAUUAAAGAAUAACAAAAUUAUUAGAAUUUUGAUUAUUUGAAUUGAGACGUCAUAUGCAAGCAGCUUUCCUACAUGUACAUGUACAUGUACAUAUUGUACGGUAAAAAAUCAAUGGUUUGUCAUUUUCUCAAAAUAUUGAAAAAAAAAUUUUUUGGUCGUGCCUGCAUAGCACGAGACUAUACAUGUAGGUGCCGUUUUUCCGACGGCGGCAACAGAGGCGUUAACACUGAAAUCUUUAACCCUAAAAAGACUGGGGGGGGGCUGAUUCAGCCCCCCCCUCGACAUUUUUCGCGAUAAAUCCGCCACGCGAAAUUUUUUGACUGCGUCGCUCGCUGAUUUUUUACCUUCAAGUCUCUCGCAACUUUUGAGACCAAAAUUGUGACCCCCGGGUACGCGGUUCCGAAAUCACGCAACAUUUCGUAAGUGCAUGCAGACCCAAAAUUACUCAAAAACGUGAAUUUGUGUACAAAUCCAAUGCAAAUAGUGUUUUUAACCAAAAUUCAUAAAUGUAUCAUUAUUUUUCCUUUUACUGCUUAAAAUCAAUUAAUUUUAUCUAUUUUAUGGUCGAAAUAAAGUCCCCGACAAUUUCCAUUGAAAAAACAAUAAAAAAAAAAAGUCGUAAAACAAAGAAAUACAUACAUGUAAGAAAUUUAGAAAACAAUAGAAUACAUAAGAAAAUAAAUGUGAUGUUGAAAUUUUUUUAAAAUAAAUUUGAUCAGAUGCCUAUCUAGAGUAUGUGAAACAAAAAUUAGCAUUUCAGGGGCAUUAUUUUAUUAAUUAGAGCAAACUUAUGAUUUUACGCAUAAAUUAGCAUAAUUAAUGAGACAUGAGAUUUUUUGCAGAAUUUGAUGGUAUAGUUUUGUAGAUAAUGCCAUGGGUAACACGUGUGCCAAUUUUCGUCGCGAUCGUGCGAUCGACGGCCAAGAUCAUAGGGGGGGGCUGAAUCAGCCCCCCCCCCAGUCUUCUUAGGCAUCGAAAUAGCCCAGUCUAUUUAGGGUUAAGGAAGGUUAGGUGAAAUGACAUUAUAACUUGGAAAGUGUUUGGACAUAUUAAGAGUAAUCAAGUAUCACUGAACACCCUGUGCGAGUUUCAAGUCACAUGACAAGGUCAUUUAAGGUCAAUGAACUUUGGCCAUGUUGGGGGUAAUUGUUGAAUUGCCAUCAUAACUUUGAAAGUUUUUGUACAUAAUUUAUGAAAUGUGGACAUACGUGAAGCAAGUAUCACUGACAAGUCUUCAUUUACAUGUAGGGUCAAUGAAUAUAGGAUUAUAUCAUAAUAAGAAUGGUGUUUUUUGUGAAUAACUAUUUUAUAAUAGUGCAGGCAAGACUGCCAGAGGCACUCUUAUUGUACUGUACCUUCGGUUUAUCAAUAUUCUACACCG